AUGAUCGAGCAGGAUGUGACUCUGCAAGAAGCUCCCCGAGGAGAACUACCCGUGGCCUCGCUAUGGACUCGAUCGCUCAUCGCAGGCGCCUUCGCCGGCCUCACGGUUGACUUCUCCCUAUAUCCCCUAGACACGAUCAAGACACGGCUGCAGUCUAAUCUGACGAGCACGAGCAAACAUGCAUCCUCCAUCGUCCUCCCUCGCCAUACCCUCCAAGGGACGCUGCGGAGCAUGUACGCCGGGCUCCCCUCGGCGCUGCUUGGGUCAAUGCCGUCCGCUGCGUCCUUCUUCGUCGUCUACGACGGUGUCAAGAGAUCGCUGAUCGAUCCAACAACAACACAGCCAUCUCCGCACCAGGCCUAUGCGCACAUGCUGGCCUCGUCGCUGGGGGAGAUUGCGGCCUGCGCGAUUCGCGUGCCGACCGAGGUCGUCAAGCAGCGCGCCCAAGCAGGCCUCUUCGGUGGCUCAGCCCUGCUCGCACUGCAGGACAUAUUGGGACUCAGAAAGGCAGACGGUUACGCGACAGUGGUCCGCGAACUCUACCGAGGCGGCGGCGUGACUAUCAUGCGCGAAAUCCCCUUCACCAUCACCCAGUUCAGCCUGUGGGAAUACUUCAAGGCCUCCUACUCAGAUCGCCAGCACAGACUCACCGGCCGCCACGAGGGACAGGUCACGGCUGCGGAAAGCGCAGUCUUCGGCAGCGUCGCAGGCGCCAUUGCCGCAGGGUUCACGACCCCGCUAGAUGUGCUGAAGACGCGAAUCAUGCUCGCUCGUAAAGAGGCAGGCAUUGCUACUACUGGGUCGUCAUCCUCCUCUGCUCGCGCCGGGCCCGCGAAAGUCCUGCAGCAGAUAUGGAGGGACGAGGGCGCCGCGGGCCUGUUUCGCGGCUUCGUGCCCCGUGUCGGCUGGAUCAGCACCGGAGGCGCCAUAUUUCUGGGCACGUAUCAAUAUGUGUGGAAUCUCCUGGGGUCUGAAGAAUCUUGA